AUGCAAAGGGUAAAAUUAAUAGGUGCCUAUACCCUCCUUCCGUCUAAACGCCUGCAGAACCUCGCAGGCAUAUCUGGUUGCGUAAAUUCUUGCAUUAUUUCGAUAUUCAAAGAACACCAGAAAUUGGCGAUGCCCAGUAGUUGCAGCAUUCGAGCUCUCUGGAUCCUCAACAAUCAAGACUCCGUCGUCUUCUCCCGGAGGUUUUCAGUGGUUGAAAGACGUUGGACUGUUGCUUGCAAGAAAGCGAAUAAGAGGUCUGAAGAUAAUCAAGACACAAAUUUGUCGUCAUCAUCUCUUCCCACAGAUUCGGAGCUAGCUGAAGCAUUUGUGGAACGGAAAAAGAGGGAAGGAUCUGUUCGUGGGUAUGGAAUACGGGUCAAACAGUCAAUCGAAGGAUCAGAUUCAUGGGUUGAUGAUCCAAUUAUGCGUCACAUAAUAAGCCUUCAUGUUAAGAAUGAAGAAGAUGGAAAAGACGAUACAUUUUGGCCUCUCAUUUUGCACACCAAAGGCCAAUAUUACAUCCUUAUACUCCCCUUGGUUGAACCUAGUCAUUUGAAAGCAUACAACACAAUACGUAAGAGAUCUGAUUGUGGAAAUGGCGUUGGAGUUGAUGAAAACUUGUCUUCUCUUUUGCUUCAACUUCCAUCCAUCACAGGUGCAUUCAUGGUGGCACAUGUUCUAGGAGACAUAAUCACAUCAGAUUUCCAAGAACCUGAAGUUAUUGGAAAUGCAGCUUCAUCUGUUGGAGGUUUACUGGAUUCAUUAACCGGAAGUAUUGGCAUUUCUGCAAGACCAAAACCCGUAGCACCACCAGUUGCAACCUCCACCAAUUCCACCACUGGUUCCGGUGGCUCUGGUGCAUCAGAUUCUCCAAAGCUUGGCCCCAAAAACCCUGAGAAAGACGCUCUUCGAAGCUUCAUCACUUCUGCAAUGCCCUUCGGAACCCCAUUGGACAUCAACUACUCAAACAUUUCUAUUAUUAGAAACAACGGGUUCUCAUUAACCGAUAUGCCACCUGUCGACAGCAAGCAGCCAGCUUGGAAACCUUAUCUAUACAAAGGAAAACAAAGACUAAUAUUCACAAUUCAAGAGGUUAUAACCGCAGCAAUGUAUGACAGGGAUGAAAUCCCUGACAGCCUGUCGAUAUCCGGUCAGUCCAUGCUCUUUAGGAACCCCAAUCAAAGGGUUUUAUCAGCUUUCAAUGGUGUCAGAAAACGAAGAAGAAAGAUAGUGGGGAUUGAAGGGACACCUUCUAUUGGAAGUGUGUCGUUUACUGAUCAUUUUGUUGAGUGGAAAAUUAUACCGAGUGGACGUGGGGUUAGUGGGAAUAAGAGUUUUGAAGCCAGUUUUCCUGGAACUGUGAGGUUUGCUCCGUGGAAAAGUCAAAGGGUAGUUUCGUCCGGAUUUUUACAAGGGAUUGUGGGUGAUGAAGAGAGUGAUACGGAAAUGGAGUCGGGGAAUAAUAGCAUGGUUAAUGUAGAUGAAUAUUUGAUUGAGAAGAUGAAUAAGAAUCUUCUGGCUGUUGAUUUGGAAGAGCCGUUUUGUUGGCAUGCUUACAACUAUGCAAAGGUAUCCUUCAAGAUGGUUGGGGCAUCUUUAUCAGGAAUGACAAUAGAUCCUAAAUCCGUGAACAUUUUUCCAUCUGUAAAAGUACCUGUGGAGUAUUCUACUCAGGUCCACUCUGGGGAUUAUAUAUUGUGGAAUACAUUAGGUAAAUGCCCUGUUGCUGCUACACCAAAAGAAAUAGGCAAAAAAUGAUUGUGAUUAUGCACCAAAAAUGACAACUUUUAAUUUAUUCAUUUUUGUUCACAUAUUUUUGUGUAAACUUUCAUGUAAUACAUUUUGGUCUUUCAAGUUUGAGUUGAGUUUAUACAGUACUAAAUAAUUUAAGUAUAUACUGAUACUUUAAAUGUAGUAUUUAUAGACGUAAUUUGUAAAGUUAUUCUAAAGACAAAUUCGUAAAAAAAGCUGAGGAAUAUAAAGGGU